CCAGAAGGUCAGCGAAAUGGUAGUCCAAAUGUCACCGAACAAAAUCAGAAUGUCGUGGACAUAAGUCACCAAUGUCGGAGGUACAGAAUCCUAAUGUAACCGGUGUCCGAUCUGUGAUGCCGCCUGGUAUCCAGCCCAACUAUCUCCAAUGUCUCGAACCCGUUGCGGAUGCAGCGUUGGAUGCAAAGGAGGCAAAGUGGCGGUUGGAAAAGGCGAAGAGAAAGAGGCAUCAGAAAGAUCAGGAGCUGGUUCUUGAUGAACUCUUGCCCAAAGCUACAGGGCGAGAGGCACUAAUCGAGAAGAAGAAACUGCGAAGGGAGCAGAGACGACAGCGGGAAGAAAGCCCUGAGUUAAUGAAAGAGCGGGAUGUUAUGGGAGAUGGUGAGGGCUUUCAUCAGAGGUUGGCGAAAGAGCAAGCUCGGAGGGAGAGAAGGCAGAUGGCGAAAAUUGGGGCAUUCAUUGAGAAGAAGUCUCAGUACGAGGCUGCGGAGGCCGGGAAGCUGGCUCAGUUCCGCGCUCUCCUGGACCUGUCGGGCGGGAAAAUCACAAUUCCGAAGCGGAAUGAUCCUCCUCCGCCGCCGUCGCCUCCUGUUUCUUGAACGUGAUUGUCAAUCUGUAUGCAGAACAAACAGUCCCCGACUCCCCGCCUUUGCACUGACAGAUCGAGUCACAUCCGGGUCCAUUUGCAUAAAAAAAAAGGACUUCUGCCUGCUUGCGCACAUAGCAUCUGACUUCACAAGAGUCUCAGACCUUUGCGUGUGUAUCAUCUGUGCUGUGUGAGUUUUGGACGCACAGACUUUGUCUUUUCUGCUGAUAUCUUCCAGCGCGUGCGAGUAGCAUUUCGAACAGAGGACCUGCAGCCGCUGCACGGUCGCUCCGCCGAUUGACUGCUCAGAAUGAUCUGAAUACCGGCCGAACUUGUGCGCAUAAGUCUCAGGCUUGCAGCAAUAUCUAUUAGGUCGUUUGUGUCGAGCGUUUGCUUUUGAACUUUUUGUAAAUGAGAGAGAGAGAGUUCAUUCUCCUUGCAGCUAAGCGGAUGGAAGUGAGAGUUUCUCCCUGCUGCAGCAAUUCCUCGGCAACAAGAGUUUUGUUGAUUAGCCAUUGGAUCGCACGGUACGUUGGCCACAGAUUGGGAUGUGUGAGCCCCCGAGUUGCGCAGUUGAGGUUGUCGGAACGCUCCGGUUUUUGCUUUGAUGAUGAUGGCACUUCUAUCUAUUUCAUUCCUUUGAAGUUUGAAUCCUUUGGAAGGAAUCCCUCCAAUUGGGAAUCAACACUUUAUGGAUCGGGCGAGGGUGAGGAGGGUGAGGAGGAGGAGGAGGAGGAGGACGGGGAGGAGCGGUUCCGGACUGGUCAGUGUGCCGAGAUGACUCUUUGCGAUUACCUCUGUGCUCUGCUGAGGGGCUGGGUUUUUUCAAACGUUUUCCUUCUAUAUACAUCACAAACAUACCGCGCAUGUAUGUUAGGGCGGUGUUUUGGCUACUGUCUUUCCCCGAGAAGUGCGGUCAUUAUAUCGGUAUCUGGCCCAGCUUUCAGUGCCGAUGCAGCGAGAAUGCCGGUGCAUUUUAUUCGGGCGACGAGGAUAUCGGUAUCUGUCUGAUGUGUCUGAAGAGCAACGCUCGUCUCUAGCAUGGCUUGUUGAUGUGUAUUGCACUUUAUUGCAGUGCACUUCUUAACUGACACUUGCCCUUUGCAGUCUGGUCUUCCUUCCUUGGAAAACCGUCAUGUCGAGGGCAGAUGUACUCUUUCACAGCCAACAGUCCUCUUUGCGUCCCAUGAUCCUGUCUACGACUCUCCAUGGAAUUUUGACACAAAAAAAAACAAGGGAGAAAAAGGACAGUACUCUUCGAAUCUGUGCAUCGUUGCGCUUGCUUGAAAUUUUGUGUGGGAAAUGCUUGUUGUGCAUGCUUUGAGCUUGAGACGUAACACGAUGAUCCGUCCAGAUCGAAAGCAACAUGUGUCCAUGUAAUUUAAAUU